AUGUUCCAACACCGAGCCAACGAGCAAAGCUUUAUCAGCACAGGCAAGACCCUGGAAGAUCGUUUUCUUCUUCCAGGCUAUGGCCGACCAUUGGACUUUGCACCCCGGGAGAAAAACAUCUAUGGCGUCGAGAGAAGGAGUAUGUUCCCAUCGGCUCUAGAUGACAGGGACAUCCAGCACGGAUAUGCAGACCUCCCUGUGCAGACACUCCGUGAAAUCCAAAUGGUCGAUGUCAUGGAAGAUCUGACCGAUAUUCCCGAAUGGUGGAAGAAGAUCUUUCAACCUGGCGUCGCCGAGGACUGGAAGAAGAACGCCAUGGAUACCAGGGCAGACAUCACCCUCAACAUGGCGGAAUGGAUCAUCGAAGAGCUCAAGUUCAAGGCCAUGAUCUACGACGCAACGGACGUGGUCGCCCUCUACAACGGCGAUGUCACCAAAUCCGACACGAUCGUGCCGCAGUCAGUUGUCCAAGAACUGAAAAACUCGGUUCCCGAUUUGGAAUUCGACGAGCCUGAGCUGCAGUUCUACAACCCGGGCAGCUACAAAAAACAGCGCGAUUUCCUCGCCAUGGCCCUGUACCCGCUGGUAUAUGGCAAGAGCCGGAUUCUGCCCGACAAGCUAAUCACACUCGACAACGCGCUCGAGCAUGCAGGCCAGGGUGAGGUAAUCCCCGUGCCACAGGAAACAGGGAUCACGCGCGAGGACAUCGCAUGGCGGGUACUAUCGCGGGCAGAUAUCCAGGUGCGGCCGUAUAGCCGGUGGUUCCAGGUGCUGCCGACGGACUUUGAGCUGCGCGACGACAACCGCUGGCACAUCGCGACGUAUAUCAACAACCUGCACCCGGUCAAGCACCGCAACAUCUACAAGCUGAUCGAGGAGGCCUUCAACUGCCUGGUUCCGCAGUGGAACGCAACCCUUACUCCGCUCAAGGAUAUGCUGCACUCGCGCGCCCGUAUCGAGUACCACAAGGCGGAGUAUUAUCCGCUGCCCAAGGAUAUCGCCGACCAGAUACCUAAGAUCCAGCCGCGUGAGGCCCAGACGGAGUUCGAUGAACGCUAUGAGAAGUGGUGCAUAGAGACGUAUCGCUCUAUCCAGCCUGACGCGGGAACGUUUCUUCCCUGGGCGGUGCCACCGUGGCUGAUGAACAAGCUGCCCGAGGACCUGCCUAGCCCUGUGCGUAUUGAGCAGGGCGUCGAGCUGAACAAGGACUAUGGAGAAUGCGGGCUGCAAGUCAUCACGCGGAUUCUCGGGGUGGAUCUCAAGCCCGAGGACCCGUAUUUCCAGAGCGACUGGCAUGUAGAGGGGCAGAUGAACGAACACAUCUGCGCCGCAGCCUUCCUAACCUACGACUCAGAGAACAUGGAAGAAGCAUACAUGGAAUUCCGCAACAUGGUCGAAACAGCGACCCUCGCCGAAGUCGAGCACGAGCCCAACGACUUCAUCUGGCUGCGCCAAGUCUACGGCAUGGAAAACGGCGAGCCGUCGGUCCAGUGCUCGGGCUCGAUCCGGUGCAAGGUCGGCCGCACGGUCAUGUACCCGAGCACGGUGCAGCACCGGCUGACGCGGUUCGAGCUGAAAGACAAAACGAAGCCCGGGUACGCGCGCGCGCUGGUGUUCCUGCUCGUUGAUCCCAAUAUCCGGAUCAUCUCGACGGCGAAUAUUCCGCCGCAGCGGCUGGAUUGGACGCUGAGUGAUGACAAGCGCGAGGAUGAGGAUUUGUCGACGUCGAUGGCGAGGUUGGCGCUUCAGAAUCGGGAUAAGAGGGGGUCGAUGCCUGUGAGUCUUAAUGAGGCUUUGGCGACGCGGAUUGAUUUGUUGAAUGAGAUUAUUGAGUUUACGCGCUAUCAGCAUGUGGCUUUUGAGUCGAAUGUUGUGAUGCUUUGA